AUGGGAAAAACGAGCAAAGUCAAGAAGACAAAAGCUGGCACAUCAACCGGAAAUGUUCAGUCCCUGCCAUUCAACACCGACAAAGGACAGCAUAUUCUGAAAAAUCCGGGCGUUGUGAACGCAAUCGUCGAGAAAUCAGCAUUAAAAUCCACAGAUACAGUGCUGGAAGUGGGUCCGGGAACAGGAAAUUUGACUGUGAAGAUGCUGGAAGUGGCUAAGACCGUGAUCGCAUGUGAAAUCGAUCCUAGAAUGAUUGCUGAGGUCAAGAAGAGAGUUAUGGGAACCCCCCUCCAAACCAAACUUCAAGUCAACGGAGGUGAUGUCAUGAAGCAGGAAUGGCCAUUUUUUGAUGUGUGCGUCGCAAAUCUUCCAUAUCAAAUUUCUUCGCCAUUCGUACAGAAAUUGCUUCUGCACAGACCACUUCCAAGAUACGCCGUUCUCAUGUUCCAAAAAGAGUUCGCCGACCGUCUGGUGGCUCGUCCGGGCGACAAGGACUACAGUAGACUGUCUGUCAACGUUCAGCUGCUAGCCAAAGUGGAAAUGCUGAUGAAAGUGAAGCGAACCGAGUUCCGUCCACCGCCAAAAGUCGACUCGGCUGUGGUCCGGAUCGCGCCGAAGAAUCCACCGCCGCCAGUGAAUUUUGUGGAAUGGGAAGGACUCCUCCGUCUAUGCUUUAUGCGAAAAAACAAGACUCUCCUGGCGAUUUUCCGUCUUUCCAACGUGAUUGAAGUCAUCGAGGAUAACUAUCGAAAAGUUUGCAGUAUGAAGAACAAGCCCCUCCCCAAGGAUUUCAACAUGAAAAAGCUGAUCGAGGAGACGUUGACCGCGUCCGGCUACGCUGAAAAUCGAGCCCGAAAAAUGCGAGUCGAGGACUUUUUGGCACUUCUUCUCGCCUUUAACAAAGCCGAUAUUCACUUUUUGUCUUGA